AGUUCAGCAGAGACUGUGGGCCUCUGAUCAGGAACUUUAUCUGGCUAGUAAUUGCAUCGGCAUGCUGGCUUUCUUGUGUAUGUGUGUGGGCAUUUGGGGAGCAGAAUUCUAAGCUGCAGAACCUUUGUGCUGGCAUCCACACGUGAGUAUGAAUUAAACAUAUCUCACUUGAAGGACCAUGGCUGGAUUCUACAAUUGCCUGAAAAGUAAGAAUGACUACAUCAUGGCUACAGGGCCAACAGAUGUCAUACAGCCACCAGAGGCCGGGGAGACAACUGAGGAAUGUGCAGGAAAGAAAAAAUCCAAAUUUCAGACUUUCAAGAACUUUUUUGCUAAGAAGAAAAGGAAAGAAUCUCCAGCUCCCAGGGGGGAGAGUAAUUUAAAACCAAGCCAGUCCAGCAGCGAUGUCAGCAUCCCUGCGCCCGAUACUAUUGCUCUUCAUUCACCAACUGAGCCGGGAUCCAAAGGAAGCAUGGGAAACAAAGCCUUGUCACAUGACAGUGUCUUUAUUUUUGAAUCUGCGCCAGAAAACACAGCUGGUGACAUGUCCUCUCAGGAAAACAUACCUGGGAAAGUGAAAACAUUACAGCUCCAGUUACAACAGAACAUCAGACUUGGGUCUUCUCCUCUUGUUAUAACUGGCAGGAAAUUGGAAGACACAGGUGCUGUUUCAGAAGAUGAUGGAUUACCUAAAAGCCCUCCAGAAAUCUCCACUCUUCAUGAAGUUCUAACAUGUUCACCAAGCAAGUCCUCCAACCCUGUUCAGCGCCAUAGCUCUUUGAGUUUAGGUGGGACAGACAGUGAAGAUGAACAGGUACCCUCUGAUGCUUCCUCUAGACCUGUCAGCCCUUUGUCCUCUAUGGUGCUUGUGAUUCCAGCCACACAAGCCAGCGGCUUGCUUCCCGUUGACUUCAACACCCCUGCCAGUCCCGUGGGCUGCCUGGAUACCUCGGCAGCUAGGCACAGGAUAGCAAUAAACCCACGGAAACAGAGAGUUUUUACCAGUAAGAACCAGCAAACCCCUCUGGAACAACUGGAAAAGGAACAGAGUCUUCCUGUAACUGCAGAAAAGAAAAGUACAACAAAAUUCCUUGAUGCUGACCAGUAUGAAAAUUGGGCAGGUUCAUUGGUCUGGGAGGAGAAUAAUGGAAAAGGAAGUGGUGCUAAGGAGACACAGGCCAUAACAAAGACUGACAAUUCCACAAGUAACCCUCGGAAUUCUGUAUCCCCUGCAGACAUAGUUUGUACUUUGCUAGAAGAGGAUGUAUGCCCUAUAGAAACAGACCAUCAAUCUAAAGUAACAGUGUCCUUUCCAAAUGUGCAGUCUUCUCUAGCAAAGUCUGAGGAGGAGAACAAGGCAGAGGAAGUACUGGUACCUUACUGCUCUGAUGAAUCUAUUGGUGAAUUCAAACUACUUCUGCAAAAUACUGAUGAAGUAAUUGAACUUUUUGAAUCUCUACAGACUGAACCAGAAGCAAUUGUAUUUCAGGACACAUUAGCAUCUGACUUGUAUGGCAUUUCCAUGGAAAAGGAGGAUGCCACAAAGGUAUCCUUAAAACAACCUGUAGACCAAAGUGACAAAGAGCCUGGAGACGGUGGUGUGGCACUUGUAGGAAAAGUGGAAGAUCAGCCUUGUACCGAUGAGAACAACUUCCUCUGGCCUGAUUCAGAUCCUGCAGGGUGCGUUUCCCAGGUUCUUUUAGCCACUUUGGAGACGUCCUCUGAAGUAGAGUGCAUGGCUGUUUCAGUGCCUGAAAAUACCCCAGCAGCAGAAGAUGAUAAAGACAGGUGCAAAGUUACGGAACUUCAGCCAACCAAAGACAAUGUAGAUUCAACAACAUCCCUACAAAAAGACUCAGUUGUGUCUGUGUCAGAUAUAGAUCGAAUGUUGCCUCAGAGUAAAGUGAACAAGGAGCUACAUUUGAAAUCAGAAAUGCAUUGUCCUGUUUCAAAGGCUCGCCAAAGCAAUCAGGAGACAGAUGCAUCCAACAACUUGGAAAAACAUUCCAUCGGAUGCCUUGCCUCCUCCAGUUUGGCUGGCUUCAAGAGUUGUAUCCCUCUUAGUGGUGACAGUCAGCAGAACCAGUUAGGCGGCGUAACUUCUCAAGAGAAAACAAGGAAAGAAAGCAAAUCUCCAGAGGAAAAUAUAAAGAGUCCAUUGAAAUCUGCUGCUACAAAACCAGUUCGAUUUACUAUUGCUCCUGCUUGGCAAAGAUCUCUUUCGGGGGGUUCAAAUUCCAAGGAAGAUUCCUGUGCUAGAAGCUCCCCAUCCUCUCCCAUAAGACCAGAGUUGUUUGAAGGAACAGCUCACUUAGAUACCACCAGGCAAGAGUCUACAAAAAACAACCCUGAAGGGUUUGAGAGGGAUAAUGAGAGCAACAAGGCCAGUUUGAAUUCUUCCAUGGAGGGGGCUGAGCAUGAAACACAGAAUGCUGAAAACCCAUUUGGGAUCAGACUGAGAAGAACAUCCUCUUUGCUAAAGUACCACAGUGAAUCUCCAAAGCAGAUUCCAUUAGCUGUUCACACCACCUCUUCUGGUUCUGUCAAGGAGGAUCAAAAAUCAGUAGGCACUGGGAGGCCACCUCACAGCCUUCCAGGCAACCAGAAAGCUUUAGCUAAAAAAUCAGCUGUCGUGGAAGAGAAAAAUGCCCCCAAAACAAAACCUGAAGAAGUCUCAAAGAAGCAACACUCUGAACCAGCUUGGGUCUCCAUGGCAAAACUAAAGCAGAAAGGUUUCCAGGGUCAUCCUCUUGCCAAAGGACAUAAAAGGGAGGACAAAAUGGAUCAAGAUGAGCGAGUGACCUGUGCUAGUGAGAAUUUAUUGGGGAAGAACCUAACUCCCAGCCUGUGCGCUCAGGAGAAGAAAUCACAAAUGAAGACCACUAUGUCUGCUACAGCAGCAGUUACACUUGGACCUAUGGCUCAGGAAGCGUCUGUGGUUCCCACCACUGAAAAGGAAACGAGACAAUCCUGUAAUCUGCCAAUGACACCAUGCAGCUCUACUGAACCACCCUGGCUGUCCCUGGCCAAGAAAAAAGCCAAAGCUUGGAGUGAAAUGCCUCAGAUUGUUCAAUAG